AUGAAUAACGAGGAAAAAUCUGUGCAGUCCACAGUAGACGCAGUAGAGUCCCUUAAAAGCACCAAUCAGGUCGGCACACAGGUGCCUGACAUCGCUGACAUUUCCUACAAGCGCCCGAGUAUGCCCUACCCAGCUGAUCUCUUCGAUGGGACCGGUAGGAAGAGCUUUAAUGACAGCGCGUCAACGAGCGUUGCGGAUGUCAUGCCGAUAGUGGUGCGCACCAAGUCUGCUCCCACCGAAAAGGAACUGGAGUGCUUCCUGAUUGUUCCCGUGUAG